UAUUGAUACUACGAGUUAUCGCGAUAUUUCGUCUUGUGGGACAUAAUCGAUACUCAGACGUCAGAUAUCGAUAUUUAAACAAUAAACAUACAGCCGUUUUGAACAGAUUUGCUCACAAAAUCUGCUACGACUUUAAUCUACAGAGUCACUACUUCAAGCCCCCACAUGACGGCGCUCAUGAAUUAGAGUGGGUGGUGUUGAAAAAAGUAAAUGUUGCCAUAGGCUACCCCGGAAUCAGAAGAGGAAGACAAAAAAGCAAUGGCGCAAAGCGGGGGGGUUAGCAAUUCGAGAAAAAACAGUGAAAGAUGCACCGUCCAAUUUUAAAUCUAAAGUAUGGGCUCACUUUGGGUUUUACCACACUGAAAAUGGAAAAACACUCGAUAAAGAGUUCGCUGUUUGCAAGAACUGCCUCGCGAAGAUCAAGUACACUGGCAACACAACGAACAUGCAUAGCCACCUUGUUCGUCAUCAUCCUGAGCUUGCCGCGGAGGAAAGGAAAGUUAGCGACGCACAUGCUUCUGUAAGCCAGCCUACACUAAACACAGUAUUUAAUGCAAAACUAUCAUCUGGAUCCCCCAGGGCUGCGAGUAUUACGAAGUCCAUUGCUUGCUUUAUUUGUAAGGAUCUUAGACCAUAUUCUGUCGUCGAAAAUGAAGGUUUCCACCGAAUGUUACAUACACUGGAGCCAAGGUAUGACAUACCUUGUCGAAAAUACUUCACUGAAAAAGCUAUCCCUGCGUUGUAUGCAGAGACGAAAGCUAAAGUGGAAAGCGCACUUCAAUCUGCUGAGAGAGUUGCACUUACAUGUGACGCAUGGACUUCCAGAGCCACAGAAUCCUUUGUGACAAUUACUGCUCAUUUCAUUCACGAGUGGGAACUCCAAUCCUAUGUUCUCCAGACUCGCGUGAUGUCCAAGUCUCACACUGGUGCUAACAUGGCAGAGGUGAUACAGAAGGCUACAGUAGAGUGGAAGCUCAUGGGGAAAUACCCAGCGGUUGUCACCGACAACGCAUCUAAUAUGACUGUUGCUGUUGAACUGACCGGAUACCAACACAUUCGGUGUUUUGCACACGUUCUUAACCUCGCUUCACAACAAGCCCUGAAAGUAGCAGCUGUUGCUCGACUCACUGCGAAGGUCCGUAGGAUUUCCAAGUUCUUUCACAGAAGCACCACAGCCGCCGAGGCAUUGAAGAGAAACCAAAUGUUGCUUGCACUGCCACAACACAAGCUCAUCACGGAUGUUGCUGUACGGUGGAACAGCGCUUACGAGAUGCUGGCCAGGUUUCUCCAGCAGCAGCCUGCUGUCUGUGCUGCCCUAUUAUCUCCGGAGGUAAGAAAGAGUACCACUGACAUCUGCACCCUGAAUGAGACCGACAUCUCAAAUGUCGAACAGGUUGUGCAAGCCCUCAAGCCAAUGCUGGUGGCAACAAAUAUCAUGUGCGAGGAGAAGAGCCCAACAAUCUCCAUCAUUGCUCCGCUCCAUGCCCAGCUUUUGAAUGACACAACAAGCACCAUCAAAGAUUCCUCUCUUGUUAAAGAGAUUAAGACCGCCAUCCACCAAGACCUGUCCAAGCGAUAUGACUCUAUGGAGGAGAAAACCAUUCUGUACAUCUCAUCAGCCUUAGACCCCAGGUUUAAGUCUCUGCAGUUCCUCUUGCCACAAGACAUCCAGGACACACAUGCCAAAUUAGUGGAAAUGGCUGCUGCUCUCAAGGAAGAUGCAGACUUAGAGGAAUCUCAAGUGAGCCCUAUUCCUUCUGAUGACAGCACUGAGCAGCAGACUACAGAGACCAGUGCACACACACCAAAGAAGAGGAGGUCUGCACUUGCUGAUCUCCUUGGGCAGACAUUCAAGACCACCCAACAUCAACUGUCAGCUACUUCCAUAGCUGAAACAGAGGUCAAACAAUACCUAGAUGCUCCAUCUCUACCACUGACUGAUGACCCGUUGCAUUGGUGGAAGGCUCAUGCUCAAGCCUACCCACUCCUUGCCAAGCUGGCCUAAAGACGUGUGUGUCCCAGGGACCAGUGUACCUGCAGAACGGAUCUUUUCUACUGCAGGUGACAUAAUCAGCUCUCAGAGGAGCUGUCUUACCUCUGAGCAUGCUGACCAGUUGCUCUUCCUGAAGAAGAACAUGCAGUUUUGAAAUGUGUGCUCACAGUACAGUUUUGGAUUAAACUUUACACACGUACUAAGCACAAGUUAAAUGUUCUCAUUUAUAUGUUCUCAAGUUUACACAACAAAUUGAUAUUAGUGUUAGCACUGAAAUGUAUGUGCAGUCUGCAGUGCAAGUUUUAAGUUUUUUACAGUAAUUUUAGUGGUCAAUAAAUUGAUUUUCUUCAGUGACACAGAUAUCGUGAUGUGGUUGAAAUUUCUUGCAAUAUAUCGAUUAUCGCUGAAUCGCUGUACCGUGAUAUUAUCGUUAUCGUGGGCAAAAUAUCACCAUAGUAUCGUAUCGUGAGGUAUCUGGUGAUACCCAGCCCUAAUAUAUAUAUACACACACACACACACACACAUACACACACACACACAAAUACAAUAACUUGUUUAUGUACACAAUUCACAGCUAUGCAACAGCUGUACAGAUGUAUUUGGUGAUACAGUAAGUGAGCUAAAUUUUAACAGUGCAAACAAUGCCACAAAAAGAAAAGAUUCAUGCCGUUGUCAUGCCGACCGAGGCUGUUGUGUUUCCCGCUUGUGGUCUCGUCACUCGUCACUUCCGGAAGGGGCAGUGCUGAAGUAAGUAGCUCGAAUAC